GCUUUCAGCUUGAAUCAAGAAUUUUAUUCUUCUAUCUUAUUUGGAUCUUUCUAUCUUAUUUGACUAUUGUGUGGCAAACUUUUUAUUAGAACCACAAGAGAACUUGCCAAUUAAGAGGAAAUGGAUUGGAUUGUUUCUAUUUCAAUACUGUUCCUAUCUACACUUAUGAUUAUGCUCCUUUUCAAAAUGGGCAACCCCUGGAAGAAGAGCUCCAAAGAUUUUCCACCAGGACCCAGGCCUUUGCCUGUUGUUGGAAACCUUCACAUAAUGGAUCUGAAGAAACCUUAUCAGACAAUGUUAGAGCUAUCGAAACAGUAUGGACCCGUGUUUAAAAUCCAACUGGGACUCCAGAAAAUAGUGGUGCUAACAGGCUAUGAGACCAUAAAGGAAGCUCUGGUGAAUAAGGCUGAUGUAUUUGCUGAGAGGGCACCUGUCCCCAUAUUUGAGGAGUUUUCAGGGGGUUUUGGAGUAGCUUUUUCCCAUGGUGAGAACUGGAAAGUGAUGAGGCGUUUCAUGUUAACCACAUUACGGGACUAUGGGAUGGGUAAGAGGUCUAUGGAAAGCAGAAUAGCUGAAGAGUGCAGUUUCCUGGUAAAGAAGUUUGAAUCUUACAAAGGAAAACCAUUUGAAUUCAGAAGAAUCAUGAGUGCAGCUGUUGCCAAUAUCAUAGUAUCCAUUUUACUUGAGAAGCGAUAUGACUAUGAAGAUUCAAGAUUUAUUAAAUUAAUGAACUUGGCAACAGAAAAUGCCAUGCUUGCGGGAAGCCCAGCAGUGCAGCUGUAUAACAUGUUUCCCAUGUUUGGCUUCCUUUUUGGCGCUCGUAAGAAAUUCCUGAAGAAUGGAAGGGAAAUGAAUGCUUUUGUCAAUGAAAACUUCAUCCAAUGUCUCAAUAAUCUGGACGAGAAUGAUACAAGAAACUUUAUUGAUUCAUAUCUUGUACAACAGCAACAGGAAAGGAAGAUCCAGAACAAUGGUUAUUUCCACCAUAAAAAUCUAGAAGAAUCCGUGUCAAAUCUAUUCAUGGCUGCUGUGGAAACAAUCUCAAGCACACUAUUUUGGGCCUUUACUCUAAUGAUGAAGUACCCUUUAAUUCAGAAAAAAGUCCAAGAAGAAAUAACAAACGUUGUUGGAUAUGCUCAGCCAAGAGCCGAACACCGAACAAAAAUGCCAUACACAAAUGCUGUAGUCCAUGAAGUUCAAAGAUAUGCUGAUGUUGUUCCUUUAAACUUGCCACAUGCAACUACAGUGGAUGUUACCUUUAAGGGCUAUUUCAUUCCGAAGGGCACCUAUGUGAUUCCCUUGCUGACUUCUGUGCUCCGUGAUGAAUCUCAGUGGGAGAGACCUCAUGACUUCUACCCUGAACAUUUUCUCAACACUGAAGGAAAAUUUGUCAAAAGAGAUGCAUUCAUGCCUUUCUCCGCAGGUCAGAGAGUAUGUCCAGGUGAGACCCUUGCCAAAACAGAAAUAUUCAUGUUCUUUGCUAGUCUUCUGCAGAGAUUCACCCUCCAGCCAGCUCCUGGAGUAUCAACAGAAGACCUGGACAUGACCCGUGAAGUUGGGUUUACCACACCUCCCAAGACUUACAUAUUAUGUGCUCUACCACAUAAAAUGGAUUGGACUCAACUUAUUUCUAUAUCACUCUUCUUUAUUCUUCUGACUGUAUUCCUUUUGAAAACGAACAGUGCCUGGAAUAACAACUCCCAAAAUCUCCCACCAAGACCCAGAAUUUUACCCUUUCUUGGAAAUCUCCACAUUAUGGAUAUAAAAAGACCACACAGAACAAUGCUAAAGUUGUCAAAAGUAUAUGGCCCAGUCUUCAGGAUUCAACUGGGAUUCCAGAAAAUAGUGGUAUUGACUGGAUACAAAACAGUGAAGGAAGCUCUUGUGAAUCACGCUGAUGCAUUUGCAGAGAGGCCAAAUAUCCAGCUUUUUGAUGAAAUAAAUGAAGGCUUUGGUAUCGUUUUUUCUCAUGGGGAGAAUUGGAAAGUGAUGCGCCGCUUUACCUUAUCUGCACUACGGGACUAUGGAAUGGGCAAGAGGACUAUAGAGGAUAAAAUAAUUGAAGAGUGCAGGGUCCUGAUAAAGGCAUUUGAGUCUUAUGAAGGACAACCCUUUGAGAAUACAGCAAUUAUGAAUUCCGCUGUUGGCAAUAUCAUAAUGUCCAUUAUACUCGGCAAGCGAUAUCAGUAUGAAGACCCCACAUUUCAAAGACUAAUAAAGUUAGUUAAUGAAAAUGUCCGGCUUGCAGGAACCCCUCCUAUCUUGUUCUAUAACAUGUUCCCCCAGUUUGGCUUUCUUUUUGGUGCUCGUAACAAAUUUCUGAAUAACAAAAAGGAAUUGUUUGGUUUCAUAAAGACCACUUUCAUAGAACACCUCAAAGCUGUGGAUGAAAAUGACCAGAGGAGCUUUAUUGAUUCCUUUCUUGUCCGACAGGCAGAGGAGAAGAAAAACAAAGCAGAAAGGUAUUUUCAUAAUGAAAACCUAACUGCUAUUGUGAAUAACCUAUUUGCUGCUGGGAUGGAGACGACUUCAACCACAUUGCGCUGGGCCAUACUACUAUUGAUGAAAUAUCCUGACAUUCAGAAUAAAGUCUAUGAAGAAAUUUCAAAAAUCAUUGGGUCUGCUCAGCCAAGGAUUGAACAUCGAGCAAAGAUGCCUUAUACUGAUGCAGUUAUCCAUGAAGCUCAAAGAUUUGCUGAUAUUGUUCCAGCAAAUGUAGCACGAGCAACUACAGUGGAUAUAACUUUCAAAGGCUUUUUCAUUCCAAAGGGCACACACAUCAUUCCCUUGCUGACUUCUGUGCUCCAUGAUGAAUCUCAGUGGGAGAAACCUCAUGAAUUCUAUCCUGAGCAUUUUCUUGACUCUGAAGGAAACUUUGUGAAGAGGGAUGCAUUCAUGCCUUUCUCUGCAGGUCGGAGAAUCUGCUUAGGUGAGACCCUUGCCAAAAUGGAGCUCUUUCUGUUCUUUACCAGCCUCCUGCAGAGAUUCACUUUCCAGCCACCCCCUGGAAUAUCAAAAGAAGACCUGGACUUGACACCAGCAAUUGGGUUUACAGCUCCUCCUACGCCUUAUAAGUUGUGUGCUCUGCCUCGUUCAUAA